UCAAACCAUGGGAAGGAAAAAAAUCCAGAUUUCCAGAAUUCUAGAUCAACGAAACCGUCAGGUGACCUUUACCAAGCGGAAGUUUGGGCUGAUGAAGAAGGCCUAUGAACUGAGCGUUCUCUGCGACUGUGAGAUCGCCCUCAUCAUCUUCAACAGUGCCAACCGCCUGUUUCAGUACGCCAGCACCGACAUGGACCGUGUGCUGCUCAAGUACACCGAGUACAGUGAGCCCCACGAGAGCCGCACCAACACAGACAUCCUCGAGACCCUGAAGCGGAAAGGGCUUGGCCUAGAGAGUCAGGAGUUGGAGCUGGAUGAGGGGCUGGUGGAGCCUGGGGAGAAGCUACGGCGUCUUGGGGGUGAUGGAGCUGAUUUAGCCUUGAUUCGACCCAGGUUUUAUUCAGCCACUCCGGCUCUGCCUAGCUCUGACCUGGCAUAUGGGGCAGUGCCUCCCCCAGGGUCUGGGCCCGAGCCAUGUGGACUCGGUGAGGCCACCCCUGGCCAAGGCCGUCCAUCCCCCUUCCGUCCUGCUGCAUCCAAGGCUGGUCCUCCUGUUGGCCGUUCCCCAGGACCUCUGCCUCCAGGUCUUGGGCACCCACUCUUCUCCCCAGGCAACCUUCCUCGGGCACUGGCCAACAAGACCCCUCCCCCUCUAUAUCUGACAGCCGAUGGCCGGAGGUCAGACCUGCCUGGCAACUUGGCUGGGCCCAGGGCAGGCCUAGGUGCCACAAGGACCCUCUACGGGAGUCUCCAGAGCCCCAGCCCCAUCUCAGCCCCUGGCAAUGGUGGUCUCUCCAGCCAUGGACUGGGGGCUUUUCCCUUUAUUUCUUCUAGCCAGGCAGAGUAUGGUCAUGGAGACCCCUCCCCUCACCCAGGCCUCCUCCAGCCCACGGCUCUGGUCCCCUGGCAGCCCCCCAGGGGGGACAGAUCCCCCAGCUCACAGUCACACCUUAGUGUCCGCCCAGGCUCCAGCUCUGGCCCAGGUCCAGGCGAGGAGGCUCCAGCGGCCCUUGGAGGCUCUCCACCAGCUCCAACCCUCAGCAUCAAGUCAGAGCGUGUGUCCCCGGGGGCUGUGCCCCCAUUGGAGCGCCCACCAUCCCGAGACGACUUCACCAAGAGUUACCAAUACUCCCCAGUGGGGCUGGCCAGGCCGGGCCAGCCCCUCCGACGGCUCCAUGUGGUGGAUGGCUGGCCCAGAUAGGGAAUGGGCUGGCCCUUCCACCCUAGGGAGACCCCCUGGCCACCUCUCUGGGUGCCCCUCCACCCUCAGGAUUCCUGCCUCUCUGUCUGUGUGUCUGUCCCUACCCAUAGGGGAAAGAUGGAGAAAACCUCCUUCAGGGAGGGGCCUGACCAGUGCAGGGACCCCCACCCUGCACCCUGCAUAGAAGGACUUGGGUCCAGUCCAGCACAAUCCUAGGCAAAGAGAAGGGUGAAGGGAAGAAUGGCAAGGGCAGGCGAAGGUGAAGGUCGGUAGGGGGACCCCUCUAGUGUUUCACUGACUCCCCCAGUCAAAGUUCAAGGCUGGGCUGAUCAAAACUAGGGAGAUUCAGAAUUGGAGCUUCUCCCUGUCCCCCCUGCCCCCCCCCAUGAUUCAAGGCCUGCCUGGGGCAGUCCCUAACAAUUCCCUCUGUCCUCACUUUGGAUUUGGCUUCUGUUGGUCUUCUGCGUGCCCACGUGCCCUGUGCCCCAUCUCCUGUUCCUCCUCAGGGGUGAUCUCGUUCCCCUCUUGUAACCAAUAAAAACCAAAAAAGUGCUUGGGAAUAAAGACUA